GUUAAAACGGACCCACCCCACUCUACGUUAGCUUUGACCCAACCCCUUUGACUAAACCUCCCAAACCCAAACUAUGAUUUAUUUUAAGAGUUGAGAGUUGAGAGUCAUGAAUCAUGAUGGGCAUGGCUGUGGAGUUCCUAAGGAAUAACGAUAAUAAUAAUGCGAGUGCGGUGCAGGAAGCGGCUUCUGCGGCCAUCCACAGCGUCGAGAAACUCGUCAACAUGAUUUCCAACAAGAAGGAACCGGAACUGGAAGAGGUUGCUGACGUGGCGGUGAACCGCUUCAGAGAGGUUAUUUCGCUGCUCGAUAGGCCUCGCAUCGGUCACGCUCGUUUCCGAAGGGCCCCCGCAACAGCGCCACCUGUCCCCGUUUUUCAGUUGCACCAAACGCUCGCGGUUCAUGAUCAUCAUCAUGCCAAACGCCUCACAGAACAAAAACUAAAAACCUCUGCUUUCAAGGUUUAUUCUCCUCCUCAGCCUCAGCCUCAGCCUCAGCCUCAGCCUCAGAAUCACCAAAAGGAACAAGCUUUUACCAACUCCUACGUUUCUACGUUAACGGGAGACACGGAGACUUUGCAACGCUCUUCGGGGUUUCAGUUUCCUAAACCGCCACUUUCUUCGACUUCUCUCAAGAGGAAGUGCAACUCCACGGCUUUUCCUCAUCUCAAGUGUGGACCCUCCUCUUCGCACUGCCAUUGCUCCAAGAAAAGGAAAUUGAGGUUGAAGAGAGUGAUUAGAGUGCCAGCGAUUAGUUCCAAGACUGCUGAUAUACCACCUGAUGAAUAUUCCUGGAGGAAAUAUGGACAGAAACCAAUCAAGGGUUCUCCUCACCCGAGGGGUUAUUACAAGUGUAGCAGUGUGAGAGGUUGCCCAGCACGGAAACAUGUGGAGCGUGCUGUCGAUGAUUCCAACAUGCUGGUUGUCACCUACGAAGGAGAUCACAAUCACUCGCUCACUGCUCCUGAGGUGGCCAGUACUGUCCUUCAAUCAUCUUAGGCUUUUCUCUUCAACUAGUUUAUUUAAAAUUCAUUGAAAUAGUUAAUAAUUAAUACAGGAGUAUGAGUAUUUGGUUGGUCUUUGCAAGACUUUUUAUUAUAAUAUAGUAAAUGUAAAGAAAUAUUUAAACAGCACAGGGGUGUUGAGUUCAGAUGAAGUUUGUUGCAUGGAAUUUUUUUGUUUUAAUAAUAUAUGGAUAUUAUUUUCCUUGCAUAUAGGUAAUUGUUUACUCCUUGUGUGAAUUUGAUUCAAAAUGGGGAUGGGAGGGUAGGUAUAUAGUCACGGCCACAAGGGCUGGAGAAAAUUGUUGCAUUGCUUUGAUUUGAAUUUGAUGAGGGGGUUUUCGUGGGAUUUAAGUUUGAAAGUUGAUGAGAAAUGAACCUCGUAUGUCAUUGGACAUUGGUGAAGCACGCGUGAUUCUAUUUUGGAUAUUUACGUUUGAACGAGGUUGAAGUGGAAGCAAUGAAUGGAUUGAGAAUUUUUGACAACCUAAGGAGAGGUUUGUUGACUUUUGUGGGUCGUGACUCGACCUAUGUUGGCAGCUAAUGACAAAGUCAGAAUGUGAAUUGUACGAAUUGAAAACUUGUCUCUCAAUUCUCAUGUUUGGUCGUUUUAAUGACCAGGCUUUUCUUUGUUGAGAUUUUAGAUUAGGAAAAUGCUUUCUAGUACCAAUUUGAGUGAUACAACCAGUGUAUAUAAAGACAAUUGGCUUGCCAACCAAGUUUUUUUUCUUCUUCAUUUAAUUAUUUGUUCAACAAUAUUUAAACAGGUGGAUUCCUUCCUGCAAAAUCUUUUAGUACCCUAUAUAUGACAUCACUAUUCAAAUUA